UCCCACUUGCGUUUCUGUUUUCCAGCAAGAAAAAGUCGCAUCUCUCCAACGCACACAAAAUAUAAAGAAAAGAUCAUCAGAGGGAGAAACUUCUUUGCUAUUUCGUGCUUUCCAAUUGUCUUCUUUUGGUCAUUGUCGCUUGAUGAUGUGCAGUUUCAGAUAUUUGGAUCGAAUACGUUAGUUUUCAAUUUUGUGCUGCCGGAGAGUUUUGGCUAGGGUUUGGUGCUUUUGCUGGAGAAUUGAAUUCAAUUGAUACCUUUUUUGGUCUUUUGUGGUUUAAUUUUCCUGCUGGAGUUUCAUUGUUUUGAUGAUGAUAAUGGCGGAUGGCGGUUCCAGGCUUUGGCCUUCUGGCGAAAUUCGGGGUCUUGACGAUCUUGAUUGCGGCAACGUUGGCGGGGGAGAGAAUUUGUCAAUUGAUGUCGAUGACUUGUUUCACAUUCUUUCUGAGUCUAAUGAUCCUUCUCAGUGUAGUCCUGAAGAUUUAUCAUGUAAGAAUUUGAAAGAUGAAUCAGCUAUUCAUGUUGGCGACCGCAAGAAUUUUCAGCUUCAAAAUGUUUUCCAGAUAUCAGAUAGACCACAUGCAUCAGAAUCUGAGUCCUUAAGUCCUGCUCCAUUUUACCCUUCAUACAAUUCAGAAGCUUCAGAUGUUAGGAUUGGAGGUUCAAUUCGUUCCCUUGAUCAUAUAGGAAGUUCUGACAUGAUCUUUGAUGGUGUGAAGAUGGAAUCCGCAUCACAAAUUAGCUCUCCUAUGCAUUCCUGCCCCGGAAGUUUCAGAGAGUGGUGUUCUCCUUUUAGCAAGGAUCAAGGAGAAAGGAGGGUUGGUGUAUUGCAAUCUGAGAUUCCCAGUUGUAGUACCGCAUCUAGUUUUGCUGAUGAAGGAGUUAAUCGUGUUUUGGAUAAUACUGGUGUUUUAGGUAUCAAUCUUCUAUUGCGUGAAACUGGAGCUCAAUUUGGGCACAUGGGAGGGAAAAACGAUUCCAAAGAUGCUUCACAUUGCGUUUAUAUGGAUGGUACACAUGAAAAGUUUGGACAGGGUGAUGCUUUUAUUGGAAAACCCGUGGAUGAUUUUUGUACAUAUAUGGACAUGCCAUUUGUGGAUGCUGAUGUUGCUUCACAUAAUGAAGUUUCUCCUCAGUCUACCUUUUAUUCUAAUUCUGAUAUUAAUUCUGAAUUAGGUGCCCGUCAUCCAGCCAUGCAAUUUGGUAUAGAUGCUGAUACUACAUGUUUUCUUGAUUCACCACAGUGUUAUUUUGGUCAAGAUUUCAGUUUUGAGUUAUUGCCUAGCAAUGAAGUAAUUACUGCUAACAUAACAGAUGAAACAGGGGAGUUUCGAACUGAGAGUUCAUGCUCUGUUUCCGAUAUUUCAAUGAUUGAUUACUCUGAUGUCAAGGGACUGAAUUUUAAAAGUGAAGCUAGUAACUGUAUGUCACCUCUCAGUGGAAAUUUUUCAUCUAAUGCUGAUGAUAGACAUGUUGAUAUCAAGUCAUCAGGAAUGCCAUUCAGUUGCAUACAGUCAGCCAUCAAGGAUAGGCAACUGGCUUCCAUUGAGGGUGGAAUUACUAAUGAAGCUGUUGAUAGAAAGUUACCUUGUAGUGAUGAAACUAGUCUUUUUGUUGAAGAAGAGACAAAGCAAUCAUCUUCUAUGCCGAUCCAGAAGCACCUUAUCUACAUUAAGAAUGAGAAAGCAUCUAGGAGAGCGGGACUUGAUGGAGUUGCUGGUAAAAUUCCCCUUAAUGGUGCACAUUUGCAGUUAAAUGCUCCAGUGCAGUACUCAUCAUGUGUUAACAAAUCUAAAAUAAACAAGCUGCCAAGUUUUGCUAAGGAGGAAAGAGAUAGUAAACUGAUUCAACCUAUGCACUUGGGUCAUCUUUCAAGUAUUAGUCCUGAAUCAUAUCAGAAUAAGUCGUCUGGUAGCAAAUCUAAUGUUGAUGAUGACAAUGACCUAUGUAUUCUUGAAGAUAUCAGUCAACCCGCUCGCAUAAACCAUUCUGCUGUGGUUGGAAAGGCUAAUACCCUUUUGCAACAUUCUGCAUAUGGUGAUUCUGUCCAUUAUACUGGAACUGGAGGCACAAGGCUUAGGACUAAUGACGAGAGGUUCAUAUUUCGAGCUGCAUUACAGGAUAUUUCUCAGCCAAAAUCUGAAGCUAGUCCACCAGAAGGAGUUCUGGCAGUUCCUCUUUUGAGACAUCAGCGGAUUGCUUUGUCAUGGAUGAUCCAGAAGGAGACUUCUUGCAUAUACUGUUCAGGAGGAAUUCUUGCAGAUGAUCAGGGACUAGGGAAGACAGUAUCGACAAUUGCUCUCAUACUCAAGGAACGACCUCCACCUGUUAAAGUAGUUCCCCAAGUUGUUAAGAAAGAAGAGUUUGAACCUUUAGAUUUGGAUGUUGAUGAUGAUGAUGAGAUUAUUGAGGUUGAUGGAAUGGAAAAAGAUGCUGAAAGUUGUCGAGUUAUGUCAAAUCAAAGUUCAAAAAUAAGCAUGACUUCACGUGAGCAAUCUAAGGGAAGGCCUUCAGCAGGAACUCUUGUUGUUUGUCCCACAAGUGUCUUGCGGCAAUGGGCUGACGAGUUGCAUAAGAAGGUAACCAGUAAAGCUAAUAUGUCUGUUCUGGUAUACCAUGGAAGCAAUCGAACGAAGGAUCCUUGUGAGCUAGCCAAGUAUGAUGUUGUUCUAACUACGUACUCCAUUGUUAGCAUGGAGGUGCCAAAGCAGCCUCUCGUUGAUGAAGAUGAUGAUGAGAAAGGAAAAGGAGAAGGGGAUGAUGUAGCAUCAGUGAGGCUUACCUCCGGUAAGAAGAGAAAAUAUCCUCCCAGUUCUGGCAAGAAGGGAUCUAGAAAUAAGAAGGGAAUCGAUGCUGCAUUCGAGUCUGUUGCUCGACCUCUUGCAAAGGUAGCAUGGUUUAGGGUUGUUCUGGAUGAGGCCCAGAGCAUUAAGAAUCACAGAACUCAGGUAGCUAGGGCCUGUUGGGGACUUCGUGCAAAGCGCAGGUGGUGCUUGUCUGGAACUCCUAUCCAGAAUGCAAUAGAUGAUCUUUAUAGCUACUUCAGGUUCCUCAGAUAUGAUCCAUAUGCUGUCUACACAUCAUUCUGCUCUACAAUAAAGAUUCCAAUUCAAAGGAAUCCGAUAAAAGGGUACAAAAAGCUGCAAGCUGUUCUGAAAACAAUAAUGCUUCGUCGCACCAAAGGGACGACUAUUGAUGGCAAACCGAUUAUUAACCUACCACCCAAAGUUGUAGUACUGAAAAAGGUGGAUUUCACGGAUGAAGAGCGUUACUUCUACACAAGACUAGAGGCUGAUUCACGUGCUCAGUUCAAAGAAUAUGCAGCAGCUGGAACAGUCAAACAAAAUUAUGUUAAUAUUUUGUUGAUGCUGCUGCGCCUUCGUCAAGCUUGUGAUCAUCCUCUUCUUGUUAGGGGCUUAGAUUCAAUUUCUUUUGGAAGAUCCUCAAUUGAGUUGGCAAAGAAGCUCCCUAGGGAGAAACAGACGUGCCUUUUGAAUUGCCUAGAAGCGUCUUUGGCAAUCUGUGGCAUCUGCAACGAUCCACCAGAGGAUGCUGUUGUUUCAACCUGUGGUCAUGUUUUCUGCAACCAAUGUAUAUCUGAGCAUCUCACUGGUGAUGACAACCAAUGCCCCACAUCAAAAUGCAAAGUUCGACUAAAUACAUCUUCAGUGUUUUCCAAAGCCACAUUAACCAGUUCUCUCUCUGAUGAGCCUGCUCAAGAUGGUUCUGGCUCUGAUCUUAAUGGGGUAACUAACCCUUAUACAGAUGGUAUUACAUAUGGUUCUUCAAAAAUCAGGGCUGCCCUUGAGGUCUUGGAAUCACUGACCAAACCACGGGAUUGCAUAUCUAUAAAUGGUUCCUUACAGAAUGGAAAUGCCACAUGUCCUGAUAAUUUUUGUGGUUCUGGAAAUCCAGUUAAUGAUAAUGUGGAUAAGAGAAAUUUACUUGUGGAUGAAAAUGUUAACGGUUCAGUUAAAGUAAUUGGUGAAAAAGCCAUAGUAUUUUCUCAGUGGACAAGGAUGUUGGAUUUGCUUGAAGCUUGUCUUAAAAAUUCUUCUAUUCAGUACAGAAGGCUUGAUGGAACAAUGUCGGUUGUUGCCAGAGAUAAAGCUGUGAAGGACUUCAAUACAGUCCCAGAGGUGUCAGUUAUGAUUAUGUCUUUGAAAGCAGCUAGUCUUGGACUUAACAUGGUUGCAGCUUGCCGUGUAUUGCUUCUGGACCUCUGGUGGAAUCCUACUACUGAAGAUCAGGCAAUUGAUAGGGCACAUCGCAUAGGACAGACCCGUCCUGUUACUGUUUUGCGUUUAACUGUGAAAGAUACUGUUGAAGAUCGUAUCUUAGCCCUACAGGAAAAAAAGAGGGAGAUGGUUGCAUCUGCAUUCGGUGAGGAUGAAAAUGGUGGUCGUCAGACUCGUUUGACAGAGGAGGACUUGAAAUACCUUUUUAUGGGGUAAAGGUGGAAGUUUAUAGUAUGUGGAAGACAUUUAUUUGCUAACCCAGAUACCAUAUAUAUUUUCCCCGCAACAACUUGGCUGCCUGCUGCUGUAGCUUUAUAACAGAAUUGAAACCAUAGGCUGAUUAGUUUCAGAUUGAUACCUCAGGGAAGUAGUUCUUUGCAGAUCAAAAGAAAAAUACAUGCAUAGAUGUCCUCCUUCGAUGAAGAAGGUCCAUUUUUUUAUCCAUUUUUUUGGUGGGUCUAACAAUUUAUUUCCUUUCCAUUACCCACCACGUUGAUAGGAUCUAGAUUUCAGAAAGUCUUUUACAGCUAUUCAAGAUACCGAGUUUGAUAGGUAUAUAAUGUAAUUUUUUUUUUCCUUUUCAAAAAUUUCCCAAGUGUAUAUGAUAGGAGGUUUCAUUUUCCUUUUGGGUUAUUUUUUAUUGAAUUCUUACAUUGUUUU